AUGAGAAAGUUCUUCUUCAUCUUUUGUUUCAGGGAACAGAACAUCCUAUAUAUCCUGAGUGCAUGUGUGGUCGUCCAUUUCAGAGCCAUUUUACCUCUUUAUAUCCUCAAAAUGGUCUAUGAAAGAUAUACAAGAGUUCUUUUAGUCUCAAGGACGUGUCGGAGGACCUCACCCCUCAAAUGGUUUCAAUGUAUUUCAUCAAGGGCUGUAACCUUGUCUGUUUGUACUAUACUCACGGAUAAAAACAUCAACCUUACUUUACAUUCUAUAAAAAUUGGACGAAAAUCCGACGACAGAAAAAACUUUCCCUACUGUAGAGGAAAUACGUUAUUGUACACUCAAUUUAUUUUGAUCGACUGUAAACCAAAAACAGUGCAACACCCAUGCUGA